AUGCCUCUCGCUACUAUCAGAAUAAAAGACAAAAAUAACCAUGCAGUUUUCCUUGUUCCAAUAGAAAGCAAUUUAGAAUUAGCUCGAAGCCUCUUGUCAAGAUUGGACAGUGAAUUAGACAUCUUUGGUAAAGAGCAUGUCAAGAAAAGUGCAAUGCCUAUUAAAGACGUUUUAGCAGCUGCCGAGUCAGAUGAAGAGAGGGAAAGGAUUACCUAUGCUGUUGCUGCAGCAUCUGGGCAAAGCAAUACAAAGUUAAGAAGUAUCUAUGGUUUUGAAGAUAUACAGAGAAGAAAGGAAAGAGUAGAAAAUGCUUUAAGAGAAGCAAGAGAAAUCAGGGAAGCGGUAGACUCCAUUGCAAGUAUUCAAGAAAAAGCUGUACUGUCAUCAUUCGAUGUUCAAGUUGACAGUGAUGAUAGUGAUGAGGAUGAAGAAAGUGAAACUGAUACAGAAAAUGAGGAGGGAGACAAUAAUAGGGAGUCACGAGAGGAUGACCCAGUGAAUGGCACGAAUGGAGAUUCAGUGGUAAUUGACAUAACUCAUCAGUUUUCUCUCAGCAAGCAAAUAACGGAUACAGGAUCAGUGUAUCAGAAUUCUCAAGAACUGAUGGACCUACUAAGAGCCUGUGAACUUAACUGGUUUCUUUUUGUUGCAGUUAUUGAACAGAAGUUAAGCGGCUACACCAAAGCUGCCAUAGAUCAGAUCCUCUUAGACUUCAGUGGCCAAAUCCAGUUGCUUAAGUUGAAUGAAAGGGAAGAGUCUAUUAUAGAACAGAGCAGACUGGCAUAUCUUCUUUCAGAAAGACUACAAGGAAACCAGUCAGAUGUGGAUGAUGAUGCCAUCGGAUCUGAAACUGAAGAAAGUGGUGCAGAUUGGGGAAACAUUCAUGAUCCCGUACAACCUGAGGCACGUGACAUUAUCUCCCAAAAGGUAAAGCAGUUUAAAAGAAAUGCAAGACGAAAAGCAGCCCAGAGGAUAGCAGAGGCUAGGUUUCUGAGACGAAAGAGAGGGAAAAAUGUUGGAAAAAUUCUCAGAGUGCCCAGAUAUUGGUUCCACCAUUGAGAAUUAUGUGAAGAGUGUUGGAGUAGGAGCUGACAGCUGGAGAAGAACUGGGAUUCUUACAUUUGAUGGAAAUCGGAAAGUUGAAAAAAAAAGCAACUUUCAGUAGAACAAAAGAGCACUUGGAACGAGUUUACCAAAGAAAGUUUGGAUAUGGAACUGUGGUACAACUUUGUGUUGCAAGAAAUAUGUCUGCCAGUCGGUAUAAAGGCCUUGCAAAGGUCACAUGCCGCCAAGCCCGAAAAGGCUUUACAAUACGAUAUAAUCCAGAUAAGCAUUGGUCAUCUGCCCUCUUCAGGGCCCUGGAUGCUUUGCAGCUCAAAGACGGCACAGAUAUCAUCAACAUAAAUCGAGAUGACCAGGCUGGGUUUUGGUUAGAUACCUUAGCCACCCACAACAAGCAAGCAACAUUGUGCAUAAAGGAUAGUGUUCCACUCACCACCACGACAGACUAUGUGAACAAAUACCCGUCAACACUUCAAACGACUUCAUACAACUUUUCUAGCACAGGCACAACAGCAGAGAUAUGUUCUGGCAUUGUUAAGGCCAUCCCACUUCAUCAGAAGAAUCCCGCACAACAUACAUUUUAG